AUGUGUGCUUACUGGAUUUGUCCCUGCUCUUAUGGCAUAAUUUAUCAUUGUGUUGCAGCUGCACAACCCUUGGUGGAGGAGGUCAUCUCUCCAGCUGAAUUUCAUGCAGAUCGUUUUGACCAUCCAGAAUUGCCACAGCUAGCAAAAGCGUUACCAGCUGCAUUGACCCAGUUAGCGUCUUCAGUGAAUUCUGCAGUGUACGGUGUGAGUUGGGUUCAUAAAAAGAGUGGUUAUCAGGAGCCGAGUGAGUAUCUGGUAGUGAAACAAGUGCUUGAUGCUGCCAGGCGAAUUCUUGCCAGACCAGCUGAAUGUAAAGGGCCAUUGUCUUCUGUUCUGGUGCGGAAAGUGAUCAGUUGCCUUGAGAAGGGUAACCUUGGUGACUUCCAGCUGGCAGCCUUGUUUUCCCUGGGUUUCUUUGGUUUUCUUCGAUGGGAUGACUUGCGCCAUUUGUCAAGAGGAGUUCGUCUGCGGAAAGAGGCUAUGUCUUACAGUCGGGCAAAGGAGCUGAUCAAGAAGGAGAUUGGCAAAGAAGGUCUAGACCCCACAAAGUUUGGAAUCCAUAGCCUGCAUUCAGGAGGAGCUUCUGCAGCAGCAGCUCUCAGUGUGCCAGACAGACUCUUCCAGAGACAUGGAGGUUGGAGAAGUGAGAAGGCUCAGAAUAAUUACAUAAAGGAGUCUUUAGACUCGCUUCUACUAGUUACGAAGUCAAUUUAG